AUGGCAGACAAAGGCAAAAAGGACAAAGGAGGGGCGGCUGCACCGGCAGCGCCCCCUCCAGCCGCCAAACCCACAGAGGACGAUGAUGAGGAAGAGAAAGAGAAGAAGCCAUCAAAGUCCGAGCAGCCCAAGGAUGAAGUGGGCACGAGGAAGGGGUGUCGCCGCUACCUGUGGGAAUUCAAGGACAGCAAUAGACAGUUCUGGGUUAUGGGGCACGCCGUGGUCAAGCUCUUCAGCGUGGGCUGCCUCAUAGCUGCGAUGAUCAUGUUCACGGGGACCGCCAUACACCCCCUCCUGACACUCAUCGUCACCAUGGAGAUAUCCAUCUUCUCCUUCUUCUUCACUGUCUACACCCUCGCCAUUCAGAGAUACAUGCCUUUCAUCCUGUGGCCCGUAUCUGAUCUUCUCAAUGACCUGUUCGCCACUGUUUUCCUGGUGGGGGCUGUGGUCUUUGCCGUGAAAAGUCGACAGACCAUGCCAAUGAACUACUUUAUUGCUGUGAUCCUUAUUGGUGUGGCUGGAUUUUUUGCUUUCAUCGAUAUAUUCCUUCAAAGAAAACACUUCAAAGGCAAGAGGAUCAAAAAGAAUGUGCUGGUUCCUCCUGUGAGAAAGGAACAAGUAAAGGAAAAGGAGGUUGCAAAGCCAAAAGAAGAGGGAAAACCACCAGCAGGAGAAAAGACAAAGGGAGGAGAAAAGACAAAAGAAGCAGAAAAGCCUAAGGACGCAGAAAAGCCUAAGGGGAAGAAGGGAGGCAAGAAAUGA